AUACAAUGGAAUUAUCGGCUUUAACGAUUCAAAAGAGAAAACGUCCACCACACUGAGCGAACAUCGCGGCCUAACCAAAAUCACUCUCCCAGUCCCAACUAAAAAAUCUCCAAUUAGCGGCCGUUUUGUUCCAACACCAAUCGAAGCUCGUUUGACUGCUUGAAGCAAAAAUGACAGAAUCCAAAGACCUCUACAGGGACACUCCGGUAAGAUAUUUAGGCUACGCCAAUGAAGUAGGCGAAGCCUUUCGCUCCAUCAUUGGUAAGCGAUGGGUAAACGCCACUUAUGGAAUCGCCACCCUUUACGUUUUAGCCGACACACGCCAAAAGGGCAUCGACGCCUACAAGGCCUACGCUAACAAACCCGACUGCAAGGCCCGAGUGGCGUUUACCACUGCAGAUACUCUCAUUUGGCAGCUGUUGGCCUCAGUCGCCAUACCGGGAUUCACCAUUAACCGUGUUUGUGCUGCAGCCAACUAUGUGCUCAAAAAGAGCACAAACCUGCCAAAAAACACGCGAAAAUUGACCGUAACGGCCGUAGGCCUAUGCGCCAUUCCGUUCAUAAUCAAACCCAUUGAUCAAUGUGUCGAUCUGCUGUUGGAUCAAAGCUGGCGGAAAUUUAAACCGCAGUGACAGACGAAGUCUUAAAGGUCAGACUUAUGUCAUGAAGUCUUAAAGGUCAGACUUAUGUCAUGUUUGUCAUGUUGUCAUGUUGUCUGAUUUUGAGUACAAAUAUACAUGCUGGUUUGUGCCUUAUUUAGGGUGCCUGGCAAACUAACCAAA